AUGAUUCUGUCCAACACCACGGCCACGACGCCCUUUCUGAACGCGCUGUGGCAGGGGACGGCUCACCAGGGCGGCAACACGUCAGGCCUGGCCCGCAGGUCGCCUGGCGGUGACGACAGCCAGCUGGAGGCACUCUAUAUCCUCAUGGUGCUCGGCUUCUUCGGCUUCUUCACCCUGGGCAUCAUGCUGAGUUACAUCCGCUCCAAGAAGCUGGAGCACUCCCACGACCCGUUCAACGUGUACAUCGAGUCCGACACGUGGCAGGAGAAGGACAAGGCGUACCUCCAGGCCCGGGUUCUGGAGAGCUACAAGGCAUGUUACGUCAUUGAAAACCAGCUGGCCGUAGAGCGGCCCAACGCACACCUUCCCGAGAUAAAACCUCUGUCAUGA